AUAUUUUAAAUGACUGUGUUGUAGAAAACCAACUUGGUAACAAACAGUAAAAAAGAUAAUGUUAACAGGUAAAAAUCAUGAUUAGGACCCUGGAAUCUGAAAGAUGAUACUAAAACAGAAGUUUUUAAUUUGGUGUUUAUAUCUCAAGCAAGCGGUAUUGUUUGAGCCUAAAUAAUGGAAGAUUAUCAAAAAUAUGAAUGCUUGAAUAAUAUGUGCUAUCCAUAAUGAUAACCAGAUAUGGUUAGGUUUUCAAAGCGAUCUGUUUCUCGUAACGAAAUAAUAAAAUCUGAUGAUGAAAAUGUUGAACUAAGCAUUCUAACAAAACAGUUUAAACCAUUAUUAAAAGAAAAGCAAAAUGUUUUGUUUAUAGUCAUUUCGUUACUUCUUCUAAUAGUUGGCAUUGUUUUAAUAAUAUUAGCAAAAACUAAGUUGAAUCAGUGUGAACCUUUAAAAGACGCUCCAACAACAACAUUUACCAAAUUAAAAACAUUUGAUCCUUGUGAGUAUUCCCAAGAGGCUAAACGAAUAAAACUUGGGGAUUUUUUGUUCAAAGUUCGCGAUCAAUAUCACGAUGUUUUUCCUGAAGAAACUGCAUGGCACCCAAAUCUUUCUGAAGAGAUGCUUAUUCAAAAGUUUAAAAUGUAUGACCCUCGUCCAGAAAAUGUUAAAAAAGUGACUGACACUGCAUACUCACUUUUAAAUGAAGCAAAAAGUUUAAACCCAGACCUCUCACUUUUAAAACCUAGAGAGCACAAAUCAUACCUGAGAGUAAGACAUUUUUUGGAAAAUAUUUUUGCAAAUCCAAAUCUUAAUUAUUAUUUGGGAUUGUGGAUGUUGGGACCAUCCUCAUUUUGUACUGAACCAAUUUGUCACGUUGGUUACAGUUUGUAUAAUGCUGUUGGUUCCAUGAUACCUUCAGAUGAAAAAGGGAUUGAACUAGUGAUAUUACAUUUAAAGCAAUUCAACCAGACAGUUUAUCAGUAUAUUGAUGUUUUAAGAAUGGGGAUUGAAAGAGGCAUGGUUCGAACACUAAUUGAAUGUCAAGCAGGAAUAGAUGCAAUUAAAGUAAAUCACAUUAAUAUAAGUCAAAAUGGUGCCACUGGCAUUGUGAGAGAAUGGUAUGUUUCUAAAUUUUAUAUAUCAAGUUUUUAUCACAAUAUUUCAAAUGAAUUAACAAAGAAGUACAUUGAAAAGCACAAAAAGAAUGUAACUGAAUAUAUACAAGAUGCUGUUCAAGUAUAUGUUGGCAAUUCAUUAAAGAUUUUACUUGAUUACUUGGAAUUCGAUCAUUAUUUAUACUGUCGUCCUGACAAUAUAGGUGGUGCUGGUCUUUCUGCACUACCAUUGAGUUUUAUUUAUUACAAUGGUUCAUUAACGACUAAUAAAACAAUUAAAUAUCUACCUUUUUGCAAUGAAGAAAAAUGCAUACUAAAUGGUAGUAAAGCAUAUGAACAAGUUAUUGGUUACUACACUACCAAAGAUAUUCAUCCAACUGAAGUAAACAAGCUAGGAUGGGAAAAUUUAAACCGUCUUUAUCCUCAGGUUAUUGAAAUAGCAACAAAAGAAACAAAUGAAAUAAACAGCACUUUAGCAGUUGAAAAGUUUAAGAUUUUGUUAAAAAAUUUAUCUCUAAGUUUCUUUCAUGAUGAGCCACUUCCAGAAAAUGAGACUCGUGGAGAUGCAUUUAAAAACUGUGCAACAGCUGCAACUGCUGAAAUACAUUGUCCAACAAGAUGGAAAGCUAUGAUGAAGUGGUUUGAAUUUGCUCAGAUGACUAUGAGCAUUCAUGAUCCAAACACAGUUGACUUUUUUUAUUUUACUGGAGAUCGACAUAGCACUCCGAAUUGCCCGGUAAAGCUUCAAAUUGAUUUCAAUCCAUCACAAGGCGCUCAAAGUUAUGACAGUAGCGAUGGAAAUUGUUCCUUUCCCUGUCGUUAUAACAUUCCCUUUUUUCUUGAAAACCUUGGUCCAAAAUUUUCUGAAUAUUCAGUUAAUGCUCAUGAAGCAAGGCCUGGACAUCACACUCAGGUGCAAGGGUUAAACGAACAUUUUCGUGAUAAAUGUAAUGGUCCUGAAUCAUGGCUCGAUGACAAAACAUAUUAUACAGCAUUCACAGAAGGUUGGGGGCUUUACGCUGAAAAUCCUCUUAUUGCACAAGACACUAAUAUUUAUGAAGAUAAUUUAAUGCAAAAAUAUGGCAUGUUAAAAUGGCAGAUAUGGCGUGCACUACGUCUUAUAGUAGACACAGGUAUUCAUUACAAUGGCAUGAGCCGAAUUGAAGCAUUAGAAUUAUUUUCAAAAUAUGCAUGGGACGAUAGUGAUCUUACAGCAAAAGAGGUAACACGCUACCAAAGUAAUUUUGGCCAGGCUCUCGCUUAUAUGAUUGGACAACUUGACAUUUGGUCUUUACGAAACUUGACCGAAAAAAAAUUAGGAGUUAUGUAUGAUAUAAAGGAAUUUCAUCUUCAAGUUCUCUCUCAAGGAUCUUCUCCAUUGCAGUAUCUGCACAGUUAUAUAAAUAAAUACAUUGAGUGUAAACAGGCCCCUGAGCGAGAAUACUGUAAUAUAGUGUUAAAUCCUACACUUGCAAGUGGUAAUAUUCGAUCUUUUGCUAGAAAUGAAAACAUUAGGUGGCCUCAGCAGAGACAUUAUAUUUGAAUUGAAAACAUUAGGUGGCCUCAGUAGAGACAUUAUAUUUGAACUAUAAUUGACAAAAUGGUUUUGUUGUAAGUUUGAAGUAUGAUCAAGUCUAAUUCGCGAAGUUGAAUAUAGUGAAGACGUUUAAAUCUAAGCAUAAAGAAAAACUUGCUGAUGAAACAUUUCUUGCUGUGUUUUUUUUUUUUUUUUUUUUAGAUUAACAAUUUAUCCUAUCAAUUUUUUGAAACGACUAUUUUGCAGAUAAAUUAUAGAAAAAAUUAUUUAUGCCAACAAAUCAAAUAAUAGCAGCAAAUGUAAAUAAACUAACUUAUUGUGAUUAACUUUGUCCUUUUUUUACAGUUUAAA